AUGGACUUGUAUGCAAUCACGAGAGCCAGCAUCGAAACGCUUGCGCACGAGAAGAACGCAAGGGGUUUCAUCUGGAUUGUUGUUCCAGAGGAGGGGCAGGCGUUCGGAGGCCUCUCGUGGUAUGGAGCGAGGGGAGGCUGCUGCCCUCUGCAGACGUUUUGGGACAAGUCAAGCACGUGGAACCGUCUUCACCCUUUGGUGGCUGCCCUGAUUGUUGGUGUGAACAAGGUCAACAAGUACAAGAUCCCGCGGUCACAGGCAACUGCUGCCAAUGUAAACGCUCCCCUGUAA